AUUAUAGUAAAAAAAAAAAGUAAAGUUCACCUUUCAGACCUUACAGUCUAUAGGGCAGAUGAUGAAAAGGUAAUCUUUUUCUGUGGCCCACAGUUAACAAGGGUGUCAUGAGGCCAGCACAAUGACCAACCGCCUUUACUUUUCCCAACUAAUGUCACGUACCCAUUAGAGCUGCAUGGACUCAAAGGCUGAAAUUAAAAAUUACAGCCUUUACCAGGAUUCGAACUUGGGACACCCAGCUCAGAAGCCAAGGGCUUACUGCUCAUCCAUUGCACCUCCAUUUCUAAUUAUACAAUUAUGAAUAUGUCUAAGAAUGAGGGAAAAAUAACUAUAACCUUUUUUUUCUCCCACAAUAACAAUGACCUUAUCAGUCACCUGCAACUAUGGAUCAUCUCAUGGAAAUUAGAGGAUGGCCUGGACAUUAGCUAUGGUCAGAACAAUGUUGUCCACAUAACAGUUCCCCUUGCUCCAAAAAAAGUUGUUUUUUCCCUAGGGAACACAGAUGCUGAUACUGCUUGGUAUUAAUGACUUCACAGGUUCUGCCAGGAUGUAGCAUUUGUGCUGCAAGCUGCCCAAAGGUCACAAGUUCCUGAUUUUUUACUCAGGUUUGACUACCAAAGCUAUUCCCAUGUUGGGCACAGCCGCAAGGCAGCAGAGUUUGGAUUCUGUUUUUUCCUUCUAGAUGAAUGGCAAGCGAAGGCUAAUGAGCCUUUCCUACCUGAAGAUUACCUGGCUUAGUUGCCAGUUGUUCAACUUUGCCCCUUCUCUGCCAGACACAGUAUUUCCUACAUCAUGGCACUUUCAUUAUUACCUGUACUUAUUGCUUGUACUCAUAUUGUUAUUUAAAUAACCAAUAACAAAAUCUUUCUUUUUAUUGUUAUUCUUGGUAUUUAUUGAAAAGGAUUUUUUUUAGUUCUCCCAAUUAACAAUGGUACAGUAUCAUGAAAGGCAACAUUGAUUUAAAAAAGAUGUGUUGUGCCACUCUUAUCAUAUUUAUAAGUUGAAUUUGUAUUUGAUGAUUGCAGAAAUGAUGCUUAAAAGCAUGAAUGAAUUCUUUCUACUUUUAUUUCAGGGGAUUCAUUCAACAGAUGAAGUCAACUUCAUACAGAAUCUAGUUUUUUAUGUGGAGAGAGCUUAUAGAACACCUGACUAUGAGCUUAUAGAACACCUGACUCUGGGAUGUGGGAAAGAGGAAAUAUAACAAUGGAAGCAUAGAGAUUCAUGCCAGUUGGCAUUGCUAGAGCAGCAUUAAGGCAGUCAAUGAAUGUAACUUAUUUGGUGAGCAUGGAGCCACCUGGUCUGGGAUUUUUGUUAAUAUUGAUGCCCACCACAGGAACAGAACAAUAUUUGAAACUGACCAUGGGAAUCAAACUCUGAGAACACUGAUGCCUCUCUUCUAUUGAGUGUAAGUUGGCCUGCAUUAGCCAUAAAUGAAGAUGAUGUUAGAAUGAAAACAAUUGAGAAGGUCCUUCGCAAGUUAAAAGGCAACUUUGGUAUCAAACAUUUUCCUAGAGAUAGGUACAAAACAGCUAUAGAGGACAAAAAUAGAAAGUAUUACCGCCCUGCUGAAAUAAAGUUUAUAAGCACAGUAAGACUUUCUGAUCUUUUGGCAUCAUUUUACAUAGCUCAGAAGACAGAAACUGCCAGACAGUCUGCUCUGAACUCCCAAGAGUACUCAAAUUACCAGCUACAACAUGUUCACUUAAACACUUUGACGUGCUGGGAAUCAAUGUCCGAGGACUUCUUUUGAGGCACAUUUCAGCUGGGCUAAAUCCAGUACAUUGCCGAGGUGUAUUUCUGAGUUCCAGUAAAGCUUCAUAUGUUAAAGCUUCAUAUAGCUUCAUUUUCUAAUCACAUCUUGUGAUGUUGUUGUUGAAAGAUAAUCAUACUCAAUAAAAUUAGAGUAAUAAUCAACAGUAAUUAGAUACUGUCUUCCAUCCACUUCCAUCAGGUCAGCUCCAACUUUUUCCCAUGGAACAUUUCCUUCAUCAUGUUGUAUAAGUGUUUCUCUCUGGUUCAUAGGUUUUCUUUCUUGACAAGCAGUGCAUG